AGCUUCGUCACCGAACCUUACUUUAUAUAUUAGUCCUUCUUCUUCUCAUCUUCUCGCAACGUAGGUUCUGGUGAAUGAUCCUAAUCCGUUUCGCUUUUUAAAAAGAAGAAGAAAUAUUUUUAUCAAUCAACUUGAGCAAGUAGCUGCAGAUAUUUUCCUCAGCCAAGAUCUAAAGUUUUAAGAAUGGCGAUGGUAUCAGGAAGACGAUCUACUUUAAACCCCGACGCACCUCUCUUUGUUCCGGCAGCUGUACGACAAGUGGAAGAUUUCUCACCGGAGUGGUGGCAAUUGGUGACAACUUCGACUUGGUACCAUGACUACUGGAUCAGCCAGCAUCAAGGUCCAGAUGGUUUCUAUGACAAUGGAGAGAAUGAAAAUGGUGGAGGCCAGGUUGAUGUAGCUGAUCUUCUUCCAGAAUCAUUUGAUUUUGAUGACAUGGAAGAUUUCUUUGACACUGAUGCUGCUGAGUUUGAUCAAGGAUUCGAUGGACGAAUGUAUUACCAAGCACCUUCCGAAUUCGGCUUUGGAAAGAAUGGUGAGAUGGUUAGGAAAUCAACUGGAAACAGGAGUCCGAAAUCGAUUGUGGAACCGGCUAAGUAUGCGGAAAAGCCAGCAAAAUGGGGAAACCAGAGGGUUGCUGCUCCAAGAAACAUCCACCAGCCUCGCUGAAGAAGAGAGGGUUUGGUAUGUUGUUAACUAGUCAGAAGUCAGAGCAGUUUGGUCCUGUAUCUUUAGCCACCACCACUGUACCUUUGUAAUUUUUAGUAUUUGCUUCCACAAAAAAAAUCUGUAACUUUG